AUGCCAACAAUCGAAGUCCUCCCCAACACCGCCGCCUCAGCCCCGGCCCCCGGCUGGGCCUACGUCCCCGACACAGGCUACGACCCAAGCAAAGCGCCCCUCAUCCCCCCCGCGAACCGCAAACGCGCCCGCAAUGCCACCCACACGACCUCCGCCGACGUGCUCUCCGCGCGCCAGGCCACAGCGCUGCAGCGCCGCCUGAACGAGCUCGACAAAGACAGCCACCGCGAUGCGCGCGACAUCGCCAUCCCCGCCAAAAAGAGCAGCGGCGGUGGCGCGAGGGGAGGAGCCGGGGGAGGCAGGACGCCCGCGACGAAAAAGAUCCUCAUGAGCGCCAAGACGUUCGCGCACCAUGUCGAGGACGAGGAAGCUGCGCUUGCGAGAGGUGGGGACAGAGGGUCGGGAGUCUCGACGCCUGUGGCGCGCGCGCCUGUCAGGGCUUCGAAGACGCCGAUUCAUAGACGCGCCUCGCUGCUCAGGCAUGAGUCCUCGGCUUCGGCGUCGACGCCUCCGACGGGCGGAUGGAGUCCCUCGCCAGCUUCGCCCGUGCUGGCACCAGGGACGCCCGUGGAUAGUGCGAUGCCGCCGCCGCCGUUGCCGGUACGGCAGCAGGUCCUGGACCUCGGCACGGCGAUGGAAGGUGUGGAUGUGGAUGUGGAUGUGGACCCGCUGCUUAAGACAGACGCACUGCCUAUGCCCACGGAAGCAGAGCUAGAGGCUCUGUUGAAUGCCCCACCGCUUUCGUAUUCGGCAGCCCGAGCUGGCCCACCGGCGCUGGGCGGGCCGCCGCAGAGGUAUUUCUGCGAGAUGUGUGGAUACUGGGGGCGGGUCAAGUGUAUGGCGUGCGGAACAAGAAUAUGUGGGCUGGGAUGCAAGAAGGAGCACGAGGGGAGUGGAAGGUGUGUUAGAUUCUAG